GUGUCCACCGCGGGUGUCCUCAGUGGAAGCGAGAUGGCUUUGAACCAGUUGGCCGAGCAGAGGAGUGCUCUGGUAGCGGCUUUGCAUGCUCGAGCGUCCAGGGUCAUCGCAUCUACAAACUCUGAGGGUGUUGAGUCUAUGACCGCAAUGGAGACGGGUGAGAUUUCAGAUACCACGGGCGACCAGAUGAUUUGGUUUGCACGGAUUCGGAACAUGGUCCAGCGUGGUUUGGAACGGAUGUUGAUGCAGCCCGGACACAGCGAGGCCCACGGCGACCAGUCGUCAACGGGAUCCUUGCAGCCAGAGGUUGUGCAGGAAGAGGUACGCAAGGCGGUGCAGCUAGCUAUGCAGGGUCGUGACACGAAGGUGAGCGAGCUGCAGAAUGAGAAUGCGGAGCUGAAACAGCUUUUGAUGGCGAUGAUCAAUGCAAGUACGGAGGGAGCAGGCGGUGAGGCCAAGGCGCACCGAUGCGAGGGGAUCUUCGUGCUGAACGAGAGGACGGAGGCGGGCGUCUCCGUGCUCCUCCCGGCCUACCUGGGUACCAGUCCAUCAGGAGUCAGUCCCGAAGGCGGCAACGGUGAAGAUGUUGCAGGAAAGUCUAAGGGAACUUCUGAAGCCGCUCCUUCGGGGAGGGCAGGGAUCGGUGGCCAGGAGAGCGCAGAGGACAAGAGUCCGAUGGCGUCGAUGGACUUGCUGGCCCAAGGCAUCCAACAGCUACAACAGUUGCAGCUCAAGAAGGAUUUCCAGGACCCUGAGCUGCUCAAGGGCAAUAUCACGUUGCCCGUGCUUCCGGAGCCCUACCAGGACUCCAGUGCUGUGAUGUUCUUGGAAUGGAUCUACGAGGCGGGCCAGUUGAUCGGAUCCAUCACGGACAAGGCCACCAACUGGUGGCUUGGGAACUUGGAACUGGCAAAGAUGGCGUAUUACAAGUUCCAGGCCGAGACCCCCCUGAAGAGGCUUUCCAUAACUGUCGGCAACGAUGAGGCGGUGGAUGGAGAAAAGUGGGUUCGCCUGGAAAGGCGAGUGAUGGCGCUGCUCUUGGCCACAAUGAACUCGACGAUCAAGGCGGAGAUCACCAUGCUGCGGAUUGACAAGGUCAAGAGCUGCCUCUUCAAGCUCUUCACAAUCUACGCCCCUGGAGGCGCGAGCGAGAGGGCAAGCUUGAUCAAGCAGCUUGAGCAUAUCCAGCCCCAGAACAACGUCGUAGAGAUGAUUGCCGCGCUCCACAAGUGGAAGAAGCUCAUUGGCCGAGCAGCUGAAAUGGGAGUCUCCCUGCCCGAUGGAAGUGUGCUCCUUGUUGCACUGGAGGCGGCCAUCAAGAACCUCACGGAGAACAACAAGGACAUCAGUUUCAAGCUGAACAUGGCUAAGAGUGAGCUCGGGCUUCCCUACAAGCCGGCCUUGUCCGCGGUGCUCACGUACGCGGACCAUGUCAUUGCGGAGCUCCAACAGGUGAUCCCUUUUAGCAACCAGAUCGCUAAGCUGAAGGGUGCGAGCGUGGAUCCGAGGACGCCUUCGUCAUCCACUUCUCCGACUGGGAAGGGCCAGGGACAGAAGCAACAGCCACCCUGUAAGUUUUGGGCUACUGAUGAAGGGUGCCGCCGUGGUGCCAAUUGCAAGUUCACGCAUGCCUUUGCCAGCAAGGAGGACAAGAAGGCCAGUCCCUACGCCCUCUACCUCAGCUACAUCGACUUUGGAGCAUCCGUCCCGAACCGCGAUGUCUACGGCGACUACAACGUCGCCCUCUACCACGCUCGAUCCUCAGCUUACCCAGACCAGUCGAACACGGGCGAGAUCCGGGAGCUGGCGGAGCAGUUUCUUGCGAAGAUCAAGCGGUUGGCACCGAUGCAGACCCAGACCGACAAUGCGGUGGUGGACCUGGAGUUGAAGCGAGGACUACAAGUCCGUCAUCCACGUCAUGGGCUCCUCCCCACGAAACUCGUGGGCAACACGCCUGUCCUCCGGGAAGCGGAGGCAUUGCAGCUUAUCUCGGACCUUGAAGAGGUGGAACUCCAGAAGUUAAAGGCCCAGACCACUGAGGGAGUGAUCAAGGCGCUGGUGACGGAUGAGACUCCGACAACUUGGCUGGACCACUUGGAGGAGUUUGUGGCCACGGGUAAGCGAGCAUGCCUCCGGCGAAUGCUUAUGGACGACGAGGCUCCCAUCAAGGCGGCUACGGAGGAGGAGAUAGCAGUCCUGGUAGGAGUGGAGGAGAAGAUCCUGCUAUCAGACGAGGCGGGCGCGUUCUACUUGAAGUCUCUCCCCUACAACCGAGCUACGCGCAAGCGAAUUCUGAGGACGAGGUGGAUUGUGCACUUGUUCAAUGGAGAUGAGCAAGGACCUGAGUUCACCUAUGCAGAGUCCGAUGAUGUUAUGGUGGUCCGAAUGGAUGUGAGAACGUCCAAGGGGUUUGAUCUCCGAACGUAUGGACCCGCAGCCCGGGCUCUUUUAUGGGCAGCAGCGCGUGGACAGAUCGAGGGCGUCGUCGGUGGCCCACCACGUGGUUCGGAGCAUGGGUCAACGUUGUUCAAGAGAUUGAUGUUGACAUGGCUAGUGGCCAACUCUGGUGCAGUCCAACAAGCCCUGUGUGCCCCCCACUUCACGAUGGAGGGCAACAUGUACUUCUUGGCUUCAAGUUUGGAGGUGUCCCAGGGAAUGAAUAUUGAGGAGGCCGAAAUCAUCACGCUCAACUACAACACCCCAGCCUCUUCGUGGCCCACGACUUUGAAAGCAGGCCUGGCCCAGUCAAUGGUGAGUUGGCGCCGAAGUGACCUACGGCGACAUGAAGCCACGCUCUGCAAGGUUGUGGGAUCCCGGGAUCUCAACGCCAAGGACUUGGCCUAUUGGCAGAACCACAUCAAGAACAACCACGUUCCUUAUGACAAGAGGUGCCGUACAUGUGUGCGUGCCAGCGCGACUGGCCGGGCCCAUCGACGGUGCCUCACUCCAAGCUCCUACACUUUGUCUUUGGACAUAUGCGGCCCUAUGCGUACUCGGGGGGAGUCCCCAGAUGGCAAGGGGUACCGCUACCUCCUCGUCGGCGCCUACAGCCAUCCCAAGCUUGAGCUUCCACGUGAUGUGAAGCUCCCUCCAGUCGAGGAAGAGGAGGAGGUGGAGCCCGAGCUGGACCCUUUCGAGGAGGAGGAUGUAGCACCCCGUCCGGAGGACGAGGAUGACGAGGAGCAAAGGGCAAUGAACGAACGCUACAAGGAGAUCUACCGGGACAUUGGUGACGACAUCGAGUGCCAAACACUGCAUUUUGUGGUGCCAAUGGCCACCAGGACAUCGAAGGAGGUGCGGGCCAAGAUCCAGCAGAUCUACUUGCAGUUGCGCCAACAUGGACUCCCGUUGGUCCGUAUUCACUCGGAUAGGGGACUCGAGCUCAAGGCCAAGGAGACCCGAACGUGGAUGGCGGAUCGCGAUAUCCUGUCCACCACUGGUGAAAGCCAGCAGCCACAACAGAAUGGACGGGCCGAGGCCCUGGUUCGGGAUGUCAAGCGCAGAGUGAAGGUCCUCUUGCGAGCAGCUCAUUUGCCCAUGUCGUGCUGGCCUUUAGCAGCCGAGUUUGCAGCCCGAAGACAGCGAGAUCUGGCCUUGGGAAACCACGAGGACAAAGACCUCCCCUUUGGUGCCCCCACCCACGUGAAGCACAAGCAGUUUGGUCAAGGUGGGCGGUAUGAUCUACUGGAACGCUGGUGCGAGGGAGUCUUUGUGGGAUACUCCAAUGAUGUGAAGAAUGGAAGAGUGGUUCGCCACCCGGAUGGAACCUAUACUACCUCAGUUCACAUCAAGCCUUACUUGUUCGACCCGGGUGACCUGGUCGAGUUCGGGCCCUACGAAAUGGAACUACCAGUGCCUGAACGGCGAGUUCGAGGAAAGGCCACCUUAGCCCAACUGCUCCAGGAGCCCGACAACGAGAUCGACAAGUUCGCCAAGGACCUCCUGGACCACCAGAAGUUCACUUUGGAUGACGUGGUUGCGUUGUGGAAUGUUUUGCGAACGAAGGCAAGGCCAACGACAAGGACUACUCAAGGCAAUGGUCUUCAAUGGUUGGUGGGCCAGUACACCUACGGAAGCCUAUGUGGAGUUGUGCGGGACACGGAUCUCUACCCGGUUGCCACUAUGUAUCUGGUGCAGGCCUUCAAGAAACUGACGGGUCAUGAUGACUUCACCUCACUAUUGAUCACGGAAGAUGUGGGGAUGAGUUGCCACCGUGAUGUGCACAACCAUGGCCAACGCAACAAUGUACUUCUUCCUGUACUACAAUGUGACAGUGGAGGCGGUGUUUGGGUUGAAUCACAGCCUCGGGACUAUGACUACGCCGAUGAAUGGAAGGAACUCCCUAGAGGUGGAUGGCGCCGGGGGCGGAUUCACGAACUACAGAGAGGUGUUCCCAUUGAGAUCAACCCGAAGAUGUACCACUCUACUGAGCCAUGGACAGGAAGGCGGCUUGUCGUAACAACCUACACCCCGAGGACUACAAAGAUGACCAAACCGACCUACGACAUCCUCUGCAAGUACGGGUUCAAACCUCCUCCACUACCACCGCAGGUUCCCGACGAACUCCAACGAGCCGUCUUGAAGAUGAUGACUAUGGAUAGUCAGAGGGAGCCCGACGCAGUGAUGUUCCUUAUCAAUGAGGUUGAGGAGGAGAACCGCGAAAGGGCAAGAGAUGUGAGUCGGGAACUAUGCCAACUACAAGACGAUGUUCUUGCCAAGUUGCGGGAGAGGCAGGAAUGGUUGAAGGAGUUCCUGGCUGAGGAGGAGAUCCUGGCUGAGGAGCUACAGGCCGUCGGGGGAACGAUCAACGAGGAGAUCGAGGGCAUCAAUGGUGCAGUUCGGGAUCUACUUCGGGAUGUAGAGGAGAAGAUCAAGCUCACCGAGGAGAAGUGCCACUCCCUCUACCUCAGGGUUGCCAAUGUUACGGACGAGACCAAUAUCGGUGAUAUUGAGGAGCACCUCGCGAAUCUGAAGAAGGAUCUGGACGUGACAUUGGACGUUCCGUUGGACCAAGUGAAGGCCAACAUGGACAAAUGGGUUGAGCCUAUGAGCAAGGAGUUGUCCAACCUCGAGGAGAAAACGAACGCUAUCGAGCGGAAGACGAUCCAGGAGGCUCGCCAGAUGGAGCGCGAUGGCCUUUUGGUCCUCAUACCUGGCAAAGUGGUUUUCACUGUGAAGCCACCACCCCCUCUUUCGGAAGCAGAGCAACGAGGAUCGAAGACACCGCGUUGGAAACGCAAGGCGCGGAUUGUUAUCUGUGGCAACAUGGCCAGCCAGAAGCAUGAUCCCAACGACCUUUUUGCCGCUGGUGCAAGCGUUGAAGGGCUACGUCUGGGCUUAGCGUUGGCAUCGGCAAGGCUGUGGAUAGCAGCGGCUACGGAUGUGAGCGCGGCGUUUCUACAGGCUUUGUGGCCGGAAGGGAGACCAACCUAUGGGGUGCUCCCACCUAAGGUUUUGGUCCAAUCAGGGCUGGUGUCGGCGAACGUUGUGUUCAUCGUGAAGAGAGCCUUGUAUGGGCUCCGAGAGAGCCCGGCUUUGUGGUCGGCUCAUCGCACAAGCGUCUUGAAGAAGAUCAAGGUGAAGUGUGGCAAUGGUUUCAUGUGGCUGAAGCAGCUGGCCACGGAUGGCGAGCUGUGGAUGGUGCUGUGGACUCCUGAUGGUGGCAUCCCACAGCUGGUGGGCUUACUCGUCACCUACGUUGACGAUCUCCUGUAUUUGGCCAACAAGGAUACAAUUCUUCGGCUACACGGGGUAAUUGCCACUACAUGGCCCUGCUCGCCUUUGGAGUUCUCAACGGAGGGCUUGCGCUACCUUGGUAUGGAAUUGUUCCAGGAGGAGGCCGUGAUUACUCUAGGCCAAGAAGCCUAUGUCUCUAACCUUGUCCGGCUGCACAAUUUGGACUCUGAGGUGUCAUCCGGUUUGCCAUGUCCCCGUGAGUGGAUUCAAGAUGAUGAUGACAACGGAGAGGACGCGACCGAGAACUACAGCGAUGAUGAGCUAAGGAAAGCUCAGAAAAUCACAGGUGAAUGCCUGUGGUUGGCUUACCGAACAAGGCCGGACAUCCUGUACAUCACGAACUACAUGGCAUCGAUGACCUCAAAAAGGCCUGUGAAG